AUGUCAAACUCAAUGCAACAGGCGACGGCAUUCGUAAAACAACUAGCAGGACUUCAACAACAGCGCGAGGAGGGCACGGAAGAUCCCGCAGCGACGCCAAAAGAAGAGGCCGACGAGGUACGGGAAGGGUUGCUGAUGGACUUAGGCCAACCGCAAGGCAAGGGAGCCACCAACCCAGAGGAAAAGACGGACAAUACGUCGAAUAUUCGCGCCCAAAACAAGCGAGGAUGGCCAUGA